AUGGCGAGAGUAAGAAAAAAAUCCACUCCCGAAGAAAAUGAACAAGAGAAAAUCCAAAGGAAAGGGAAACGGAAAUUAGCUUCUACUGUUGACGACGAUGACGCAAAUGAAGAGAUGGAUGAGUUUGAGGUGGAUGGGUUUUUAGUUGGUAGUGAUGAAGACGAGGAAGAUAGCGAUGAAGAAGAUAAUUCUAAGCAAACACAAAAGAAAAAAAUAGAAAGAGAUCGUCAAAAAACAUUGUUCUUGAUGACGAUGAUCUUGAGUUGA